CAGCUGCCCACAGUGCUGAUGGCAGUGGUGGCGCCCUCGCCACGUGACCCAGGCGGGCGGAAGCGGAAGUGUGGGCCUGGAACCCGUCUUAGGCGGUGUCUUCUCAGCGCUGCCCAGCAGCCUCCUGCACCAGCAAUGGACUGCUACACGGCGAACUGGAACCCGCUCGGGGACUCUGCCUUUUACCGGAAAUAUGAGCUAUACAGCAUGGACUGGGACCUGAAGGAGGAACUCAGGGACUGCCUGGUGGCUGCUGCACCCUAUGGGGGCCCCAUUGCACUGCUGAGGAACCCCUGGCGGAAGGAGAAGCCUGCCAGUGUACGGCCAGUGCUUGAGAUCUAUUCUGCUUCUGGCAUGCCUCUGGCCAGUCUGCUGUGGAAGAGUGGCCCCGUGGUGUCCCUGGGCUGGUCAGCUGAAGAGGAGCUGCUCUGCGUGCAGGAAGACGGUGUAGUACUGGUUUAUGGGCUUCAUGGUGACUUCCGGAGACACUUCAGCAUGGGCAAUGAGGUACUCCAGAACCGGGUUCUAGAUGCCCGGAUCUUCCAUACUGAGUUUGGUUCCGGAGUGGCCAUCCUCACGGGGGCCCACCGCUUUACCCUCAGUGCCAAUGUGGGCGACCUCAAACUUCGCCGAAUGCCAGAAGUGCCAGGUUUGCAGAGCGCACCGUCGUGCUGGACCACACUGUGCCAGGACCGAGUGGCACACAUUCUUCUGGCUGUGGGGCCUGAUCUUUACCUCCUGGACCAUGCAGCCUGCUCUGCAGUGACGCCCCCUGGCCUGGCUCCAGGAGUGAGCAGCUUCCUGCAGAUGGCUGUCUCCUUCACCUACCGACACCUGGCACUCUUCACAGACACAGGCUAUAUCUGGAUGGGGACAGCUUCACUCAAGGAGAAGUUGUGUGAGUUCAACUGCAAUAUCCGGGCCCCUCCGAAGCAGAUGGUCUGGUGCAGCCGUCCUCGCAGCAAGGAGAGAGCUGUUGUGGUGGCCUGGGAGAGGCGGCUAAUGGUGGUGGGCGAUGCACCUGAGAGCAUCCAAUUUGUGCUGGAUGAGGACUCCUACUUGGUACCUGAGCUGGACGGAGUCCGCAUCUUCUCCCGCAGCACCCACGAGUUCCUGCACGAGGUUCCAGUGGCCAGUGAAGAGAUCUUCAAAAUUGCCUCGAUGGCCCCUGGAGCACUGCUGUUGGAGGCCCAGAAGGAGUAUGAGAAAGAGAGCCAGAAGGCGGAUGAGUACCUGCGAGAGAUCCAGGAGCUGGGGCAGCUGACCCAGGCCGUACAGCAGUGCAUUGAGGCUGCAGGACACGAGCACCAACCGGACAUGCAAAAGAGUCUGCUCAGGGCGGCCUCCUUUGGAAAGUGUUUCCUGGACAGAUUUCCACCUGACAGCUUCGUGCGCAUGUGUCAAGACCUGCGUGUGCUCAAUGCCGUUCGGGACUAUCACAUCGGGAUCCCUCUCACCUAUAGCCAAUACAAACAGCUCACCAUCCAGGUGCUGCUGGACAGGCUUGUGUUGCGGAGGCUUUACCCCCUGGCCAUCCAGAUAUGUGAGUACCUGCGCCUUCCUGAAGUGCAGGGUGUCAGCAGGAUCCUGGCCCACUGGGCCUGCUACAAGGUGCAACAAAAGGACGUGUCCGAUGAGGAUGUUGCUCGGGCCAUUAACCAGAAGCUGGGGGACACGCCUGGUGUCUCUUACUCCGACAUUGCUGCACGGGCCUAUGGCUGUGGCCGCACAGAACUGGCCAUCAAGCUGUUGGAGUAUGAGCCACGCUCUGGGGAGCAGGUACCCCUUCUUCUAAAGAUGAAAAGGAGCAAACUGGCACUGAGCAAGGCCAUUGAGAGCGGGGACACUGACCUGGUGUUCACAGUGUUGCUGCACCUGAAGAACGAGCUCAACCGAGGAGAUUUUUUCAUGACCCUUCGCAACCAGCCCAUGGCCCUGAGUUUGUACCGGCAGUUUUGUAAACAUCAGGAGCUAGAGACGCUGAAGGACCUUUACAAUCAGGACGACAACCACCAGGAGCUGGGCAGCUUCCACAUCCGAGCCAGCUACGCUGCAGAGGAGGUCUGAG